CGUUAUAUAGCUCAUAUGGGUCCUGAUUUUUUUAAAUAUUUGCAACAAAUCAUACCAGAUCCAAAACCAAGAAGUUCAAAAUGGUUGAGUACAAGUGUACCUAAAGAAGAUUGGGAGCAAUUUGGACGUAAUCUAUGUUCAGCAGAGUAUCACACCAACAAUCUUCUGAAUAGCGUAUUAUUUGAAGAAACAUUUGAAAUGCUACCCAAAAAUUCUUUAACUAUUGAAAUUGCACCCCACGGAUUACUCCAAGCAAUACUCAAACGUUCAAUGCCCAAUGGUAUUCAUAUUCCGCUCACACAACGGAACAACAGCAAUAAUACCUUGUUUUUCCUCACGGCAUUAGGAAAAUUGUUUAGCAGUGGCGUAACGUUCCCGGUAGAAAAUUUAUAUUCGAAAAUUGAAUUCCCAGUAUCGAAGGGUACUCCUGGAAUCAGCUCAUUAAUUCGCUGGGAUCAUAGUGAAGACUGGUUUGUGACGAAAUAUGAGAACAUGAAAACUAAAUCGAGUGGAGAACGCUUAUUUAAAAUAAACUUAAGUAGCGAUAAUGAGGAAUUUAUGAGCGGGCAUGUUAUUGAUGGGAAAAUACUAAUUCCGGCUACAUGCUACCUUCAAUAUGUUUGGGAAACAUUCUCUUUGAUGUAUCAUGGUCCAAGCUACAUGGAUGUUCCGAUUGAGUUCGAGGACGUACGAUUCAUACGUGCGACAAAUAUGACUUUGAAUGGAAGUGUGGAACUGAAUGUAAUGAUUCACUAUGGAACAGGGCAAUUCGAGAUUACCGAGUCGGGAAACUUGGUAGUGACGGGGCGAAUAAGAGAAAUUGAAAAUCCAGCAAUUCCAAAUAUUCACGAACCAUAUAAGGAUUCGGAAUUCCCAAUGUUAUCUAAGAAAGACUUUUACAUAAUACAUGUACAUACAUACAUACAUACAUAUAUGUAUGAAAUUAUAUUAUAUUAUCAAAGAUAUGGAAUAUUUAAAAAGUAGCUUUUAUUUGGACAU